AUGCAAAACCUGUAUAGGCUAGGAGUGUGUGUUCCGUUCGAGAGCAGCACAGUGGGCGUUGCUGGGGAUGCCCCUCCCCCUGGGGGCGGCGCCGACCUGGUUCAGAGUGACGAAGGGGAGGGGGGUUACAGACAGGAGGCGGGGCUUGGAGAGGACAAGGCCACCCCCACAGAGAGGACCAGCGCGGACCCUCCUCCUGAAGCCCCCAUCAUUCUCAGCGCCCCUCAGACCCACAAACCUGACAUGUACGACCUGGUGUGGAGGCCCGGGAGGGACUGGGGGACCCCCAUCAAUGCAUACUUCGUAAAGUACCGCAAGCUGGAUGAUGUCGGGAACAUGGUGGGAGGCUGGUACACGGUGCGUGUCCCUGGCAGUGAGAGCGAGCUGCGGCUGACGGAGCUGGAACCCUCCAGUCUGUACGAGGUGCUGAUGGUGGCGCGCAGCCAGGCGGGAGAGGGGCAGCCGGCCAUGCUCACCUUCCGCACCAGCAAGGAGCGGGCAUCGACCUCCAAGAAGACCCCCCCAGUCACGAAGGUCCCCCCUGUGAAGCGACUGGGAGUGGUGAUCCCGGGGCGACACAGUGGGGUGGUACCCGAGGCCCCGGACCGACCCACUGUCUCCAUGGCAACAGAGACCUCCGUGUACGUGACCUGGAUCCCCCGGGCGAACGGGGGCUCCCCCAUCACAGCCUUCCGGGUGGAAUACCGACGACUGGGGCGCAGCACGGAGUGGGGUGUCGCGGCCGACAACAUCUCCCCCUCUAAGCUGUCUGUGGAGGUCCGCAGCCUGGAGCCAGGUACCACCUAUAAGUUCCGCGUGGUAGCAGUGAACACGUACGGAGAGAGCCCGCACAGCGCCUCCUCGCGGCCCUAUUCGGUGGCGGGGUUCAGCGGGCGCUUCUCCAAGCCCCCAAUCACGGGACCCCACAUCGUGUACACGGAGGCCGUCAGCGACACUCAGAUCAUGCUCAAGUGGACAUACACCUCCUCAAGCAACAACAACACCCCCAUCCAGGGCUUCUACAUCUACUACAGACCCACCGACAGCGACAACGACAGCGACUACAAGAGGGACCUCGUGGAAGGUAUGAAGCAGUGGCACCUCAUCAGCCACCUACAGCCCGAGACCUCCUAUGACAUCAAGAUGCAAUGCUUCAACGAGGGAGGGGAGAGCGAGUACAGCAACGUCAUGAUGUGUGAGACCAGAGUGAAGCGUGCUCCCGGAGCCUCAGAUUUCCCGCCUGUCCUUCCGAAGGACCUGGUGACCCCCCCGAGCCCGUCGGAGCGGGGGGUGGGCGGGGGGGUCCUGGGCUCCAGCCCCCGCAGCUCUGACAUGCUGUACCUGAUCGUGGGCAGCGUGCUGGGGGUCAUGGUGCUCAUCCUGCUGGUCUUCAUCGCCAUGUGUCUGUGGAAGAACCGGCAGCAGAACAUCAUGCACAAGUACGACCCCCCCAGGUACCUGUACCAGGGCUCGGAGAUGAGCGCUCACAUGCUGGAGUACACCACGCUGCCUGGGACCGGGCGCAUCAAUGGCAGCCUUCACACCCUGAGCAACGGCUGCCCUCACCUGCACCUCAAAGUGAGCAACGGGGGGGCGCUGAACGGGGGCAACGGCCUCUACCCAGGCCUGGACGAGCACCCCCCUCCCCACCUCCCUAACGGGGGCGGGAUGUACAGCGCGUUGCCCCAGACGGAUCCCUCGGAGUGUCUGAGCUGUCGAAACUGCCACAACAACAACAGCAGGUGUUUCACCAAAACCAACGGCACUCUUCCCAUAAUGCACCACGUGGGGCCCUGUCGCCAAGACAGUCUGGAGAUGGUGCCCCUGAGCCACGUAAGCACGCCCCCCCACUGCGAUAUCAGCGCCCCCGAAUACCCAGAAUGCCACGGGGAGACAGGAGAGGAAGGGCAGGAGCCUGGGGGGAACAUGACCCCACCGCUUUCCCAGUAUCCCUGCUGCCAGUUAGGGGAGCUGCACCAGGAAUGUCAAGAAGAAGAGCAAGGAGAGGACGAGCCCUGCAUGAAAAUUGAAAGCUCUGUGUUUUGCUGGGAGCCCCUGUCUUUGCCUGCCUUGGACUGUAAUGAGAAAACAGCCUGGAUUUCAGCAGGCACUGCAAAGGACAGCUUAGGGGGCUUCAUACAGGCCCAGCUUCAGGAGACUUGAGGGGAGGAAACGAGAGAGAGGGACAGAGAGACAGAGAGACAGAGAGAGGACUGCUGUGGUUUUAUGAGCUGCACAGAGCUGAGGUCAAAGAUCGAGAGACUGAAAACAAACAAAAAACAACUCUAGACACUUAUUUAUUUUUUGUAGUAGUGAAAUAUUACUUCAUAUGAAUGUAUCUGUUUUUAAAAAAGAAAAAAAGUUUGCCCUAUUAUUAUUAUUAUUAUUAUUAUAUUAUUAUUAUUAUUAUUAUUAUUAUUAUUAUUUAUUCUUUUUUUAUUAGUUUUUUUUUUCCAUCCACACAGUGUGGAGUUUAGACUUGUUAUGUAUAAAGUUUUGUACAAAAAAAAAAAACAAUUAUAAAGAGAAACUAUAGAAGAUAA